CUCUUCUUCACUGCGUUGCGCAGCAACUUGCAAAGCUUUUUGAGAGAGAGAGAGGAUGGAGAAGAGGGACAAAGGAAGUUCUCCCAUGGCAAUGAUGAUGGGGUCAAGAGAUGAGAAUGAAGAUGUGGAAAACACCACGCGAACAGCCGAGACUAUGCUGCGUUUGGUGCCAAUGGCUCUGUGUGUCUCUGCACUUGUGGUCAUGCUUAAGAAUACUCAAACUAAUGACUAUGGCUCGCUUUCUUAUUCAGAUCUUGGAGCUUUCAGGUAUUUGGUGCACGUUAAUGGCAUUUGUGCUGGCUAUUCCCUUCUUUCAGCGGUCAUUGUAGCCAUGCCUCGAGCGUCCACCAUGCCUCGAGCAUGGACCUUCUUCUUACUUGACCAGGUGUUAACCUAUGCAAUUCUGGCCGCCGGCACCGUAUCGACGGAGGUGCUGUACUUGGCAAGCAAGGGCGACACGGCCAUAACUUGGAGUGAGGCUUGUGUGUCAUUUGGUGGAUUUUGUCACAAGGCCUUGAUAUCUAUAGCCAUUACAUUCGUUGUAGUGAUUUGCUAUGCAGCUCUUUCACUCUUAUCGUCCUACAAACUUUUCAGCAAAUAUGAUUCCCCGGUCCUGACCUAUCCAGGCAAGGGUAUUGAGAUUGCCACCUUCCAGGGCUGACUGCGGCGGCCACCACCACUGUAUUAAUAUCCUCUCCAUGUUCAUAAGCAGCUAGCAUGUACUGAGCACAACAACAACCCAGAUUAGAAUGUGGUUGAUGAUAUUGGUCUAUAUAUGUAUGGGAGAUGUUGAUUUGUUUUCUCCAAGAAGCACUUCACUGCCUUUGUGUGGUUAUUUACAUGUGAUCUGCUUUCCUGUAUCUCUCAAGAAACCAUGUUUUUGUUUUGAUACCAUGAUGGAUCAAGAUUUA